AUGAGGAACAGGAGGUGUUGGAUGCCAGAAAUCAAAAGUGAAGAAAUUAGGCAAGCCUUGGGUUCCUAUCACUGUAAACAUGCCAGAAAUGACGGAGAAUGAGACUCCUACAAAAAAACAGCACAGAAAGAAAAACCGGGAGACACACAAUGCAGUGGAGAGGCAUAGAAAGAAGAAAAUCAAUGCUGGGAUAAACAGAAUAGGAGAGCUGAUCCCAUGCUCACCCGCACUGAAGCAGAGCAAGAAUAUGAUUCUGGACCAAGCUUUUAAAUAUAUCACAGAAUUGAAAAGGCAAAAUGAUGAGCUCCUACUUAAUGGAGGAAACAAUGAACAAGCGGAAGAAAUUAAAAAGCUUCGUAAACAACUGGAAGAAAUUCAAAAGGAAAAUGGCCGAUAUAUUGAAUUAUUGAAAGCAAAUGACAUAUGCCUCUAUGAUGACCCCACAAUCCACUGGAAAGGAAAUCUUAAAAACUCAAAGGUCUCUGUUGUUAUUCCCAGUGACCAGGUUCAAAAAAAUAUCAUUGUUUAUUCCAAUGGGAGUCAGCCUGGUGGAAAUGGCCAGGGAACAGCUGUUCAGGGGAUCACCUUUAAUGUUGGUCAUAAUUUACAAAAGCAAACUGCCAAUGUGGUGCCUGUACAGAGGACUUGCAAUCUUGUGACUCCUGUGUCUAUUUCUGGAGUUUACCCUUCUGAAAACAAGCCAUGGCACCAGACCACAGUUUCUGCAUUGGCUGCCAACCAGCCUGUUCCUCUUUGUCUUCCUGCUACCAUUUCUACUCAGAAUAUUCUUGAACUUUCCACCUCUGAAAGUGAAUCGAGUCUGCUUGGUGCCACCAGUGGCUCACUGAUUGCUGUUCCUGUUGGGCCUGAGACUCACCAACAUCGCUCCUUGCAUACAUCUCCAAAUGAUCAAAAUUCCCCUGAAAAUAAGAAUGGGCAAGAGAGUCCCAAAUUAUUGCAGAAGACAAUUCCUGGUGCCACAAGCACUGCCUCCAGCUCCUCAGUAACCACCACUAAAGGCAAGCCCUGCCUGAGUGCCCAGGACCUCAGAAGUGAUUUUCAAACCACUUUUGUUGUUUCAGUCACCUCCACAGUCUGCUCCCAGCCUCCCAGAUCUGCAGGCAAUUCUUGUCCAGCAAACAGUAGCAAGGGGGUAGACUCUACAAGUGUUACCACAGUGGUGCCAUCUGCCCCCGGAGGAGGAAAGGUCACCACUCCUGUAAGCACUCUUUCUGCAAACCCUUUGGACAGUGGUUGGACCCUCUCAUGUUCUUUGCCUUCUUCAGCUGUUAGUGCUUCAGAACUGAAAAACAUUAAUAGCCUUACUCGAAUUUCGUCAGCUGGCAACACACAGACAACAUGGACUACUUUGCAACUGGCAGGAAACACUAUUCAGCCCUUAAGCCAGACAUCAUCUUCAGCUGUGACUCCAGUAUUAAACGAGUCUGGGACUAGUCCCACCACAAGCAACCACAGUCGACAUGUGGCUACAAGUGUCACCUUGAAUAAUUCCUUUCCAGCAGAUGGGCAAUCAGUUGAGCAAGUAGUUGUAACCUUGCCUUCCUGUCCACCUUUACCUAUGCAGCCACUAAUUGCCCAGCCACAAGUUAAAUCUCAGCCUCCGAAAAAUAUCCUUCCAUUGAAUUCAGCAAUGCAGGUAAUUCAGAUGGCUCAGCCAGUUGGGCCAGCUGUGAAUGCAGCUCCAGCUAAUCAAAAUGUUAUUAUUCUUCAGCCACCCAGCACCACCCCGUGCCCAACAGUGAUGAGGGCAGAGGUGCCCAACCAAACAGUAGGUCAACAAAUAGUAAUCAUACAAGCAGCUAAUCAGAAUCCUUUGCCAAUCCUCUCUGCUCCGCCUCCUGCAUCUGUUCGACUCCCUGUCAAUGGAGCCAAUGCUAUAAUAGGGUGUAAUAAUUCAGUGCAAAGUGUUUCGACCCCACAAACUUUUGGAGGAAAGCAUCUUGUCCACAUAUUACCAAGACCUUCAUCCUUAUCAACGUCUAAUUCAACCCAAACCUUUUCUGUUACCAUGUCAAACCAACAACAGCCUCAAACCAUAUCUUUGAAUGGACAGCUCUUUGCUUUGCAGCCUGUGAUGUCUUCAUCAGGAACUACAAAUCAAACUCCUAUGCAAAUUAUUCAGCCCACCACCAGCGAAGAUCCAAAUACCAAUGUUGCCCUAAAUACAUUUGGUGCAUUGGCCAGCCUCAAUCAAAGCAUAUCACAGAUGGCUGGGCAAAGCUGUGUACAACUGUCUAUUAGCCAGCCUGCCAAUCCUCACACUGCCGCAAAUAGUCAGACCACCCCAGUUAACUGUGUUUCAUUGACAACAACUGUAGCAUCUCCCAUGACAGCAGAUAAUUCAGCCACACUACCUAGUAAUUACAACCUUGUGACUACUUCCUCAGUGAACACUGUAGCUCCUUUGUCUAACACAAAACCUAAAAGAUUGAAUAAGAAGCCAGGUGCCAAGAAACACUUAGUGGCAAAUAAGUCAACAAGCCCCCUGACUCCAGUCAGAGAGGUGGGCAAGUUAGACUGCCCCAGCACAGAAGGCUCAGCAGAGCCGGCAUGUAAUGAAGGACUGCUGGAAAGCCUCCCCGCUGUGUUACCAUCUGCCACAAUAUCUCAGGCAAAUGGUGUAAGUGCUUCUGGUUCACAUUCUUUGGGUGUUCUGAAUUCCGAAUCGGUGAUACCUGAGUCUGUAUCCAAAUCAAAAUCAGCACAAGAGUCUAGCUCACCCUCCCAAGAAGCUGUAUCAAGUGAACAUUUUGCAGCAGCCUCAGAAAAAUCCAAAGAUUCUGAUCCUACUUUGCAACGAGAGACAUCUCAGGAUAAGCCCCCAACUGAUUUGGCAUUCUCAGAUACCGCCAAAUCCUGCACUUCUGCCAAUGUGUUGGUUCCAUCUCCAAGUGAGCCCCAUGUUUUGGCUUCUCAGGUUUCUGGUUUGUCAUCUACCACAAGCACUACAAGCACUGACUGUGUUUCUGAGGUAGAAAUCAUUGCCGAGCCUCGCAUGGUUGAACAAGACUCAUCAAAUGCAAUGCAAACUACAAGCCUCUUAAAGGGACAGGGCCUAAGUGCUUUGCUCUCUGGCCUGUCUAAAGAAAAAGAGCCUCAGAAAUCAUCUCUUUCAGUCCAGGUGGACCAUCCUGAAUUUUCUUCAGAAAAUUCUAAAAUAGCUGAUUCGAGUGUUGACUUACAUCCAAAACGGGAGCUAUUACUGAUGAGCAGUGAUGAUAGAGACUUGGGGCAACAUCAUUCCUGCAUUCCUGACCAGGAGAUUAUUAGUGGUUCUUUGCUCACCAGUAGGCAGGCUGACUCUCCCAUGUCAACCAGCUCUGGCAGUAGUCGGAGUUUCUCUGUUGCAUCCAUGCUUCCUGAAACAACCAGAGAGGAUGUGACCAGCAGCGCAACAACUAAUACGUGUGACAGCUGUACCUUUGUAGAACAAACUGAUAUAGUUGCUCUUGCAGCAAGAGCUAUUUUUGACCAGGAGAACCUUGAGAAGGGAAGAGCUGGCAUCCAGGCUGAUAUAAGGGAAGUUACUGCCAAGCCUACUGAAGCAUCAUCUUUAGAGGGUGACCAGACUUCUUUAGACCAGAUAUCUAAAGAGAAUGGCCCAGGGCAGGCAGAAGCAACAUCAAAUGAAUUUAAUUCACAGGAUUCAGUUGAAGCAGCUGCAGAGAGGCCCCUGGAGAAACCAAGUUGUUCUAUUGGAAUUAAAACAUCAAAUGCCUCUUUACAGGUUUCGACUUCUCAACCACCAAGCAUCACCAGUUUAAGUGUCAAUAAUCUUAUCCAUCAGAAUAGCAUCAGCCAUCCUCUGGUCAGCUGUGCUGGUUUAUCCCAAACUUCAGAGCAAACAGUUGUUCCUGCAACAGUUAAUCUGACUGUUUCAUCUAACUCCUAUGCCAGUCAGCCUCCUGGACCAUCUCUGAUGACAGAUUAUUCCCAAGAACAGCUAAACACUAUGACUGGGACGAUACCAAAUUCACAGAUUCAGGAACCACUCUUAAAGCCAAGUCAUGAAAGUCGUAAAGACUCCACCAAGCGUGCUGUCCAAGAGGACCUUUUACUGUCUUCAGCUAAACGUCAGAAGCACUGUCAGCCAGCCCCACUCCGCCUGGAAAAUAUGCCCUUGAUGAACCAAACUCCAGAUAGCAUUUCUGAUCAAACUCAAAUGUUGGUUAGUCAGAUCCCUCCAAACUCUUCAAACUCAGCUGGGCCUAUUAGCAACCCAGCACAUGGAGAUGGCCUGACACGCUUAUUUCCCCCCAGUAACAACUUUGUGGCCCCUGCUCUGAGGCAAACUGAAGUUCAAUGCAGUUCUCAGCCUUCUGUUGCUGAGCAGCAGCAAAACCAGGCCAGUCAACACCUGCAGGCCCUGCAACAGCAUGUUCCAGCUCAAGGAGUAUCUCACCUUCACAGUAACCAUCUUUACUUAAAGCAGCAGCAGCAGCAACAGCAGCAGCAGCAGCAGCAGCAACAACAACAAGCAGGGCAGUUACGGGAGAGGCAUCACUUAUAUCAACUGCAGCAUCACGUACCUCAUGCAGAGAGCUCUGUCCACUCUCAGUCCCAUAAUGUCCACCAACAGAGGAAUCUGCAACAGGAAGUGCAGAUGCAGAAAAAGAGGAGUCUUGUUCAGGGCACUCCAGCCUCUCAGCUUUCCUUACAGCCGAAGCACCAUGGAACUGACCAAUCCCGACCCAAGAGUGGCCAGCCACAUCCCCACCAUCAGCAGAUGCAGCAGCAGAUGCAGCAACACUUUGGAAGCUCCCAGCCAGAGAAGAGCUGUGAAAACCCUUCAACUAGCCGGAACCACCAUCCCCAUCCCCAGAACCAUCUCAGUCAAGACAUUAUGCACCAGCAGCAGGACAUUGGUAGCAGGCAGCAAGGUUCAGGGGUAUCUUCUGAACAUGUGUCUGGACAUAACCCACUGCAGAGACUUUUGACAUCAAGGGGCAUAGAGCAGCAAAUGGUGUCCCAGCCAACUAUUGUGACCAGACCUUCAGAUAUGACCUGCACUCCACACAGGCCAGAGAGAAAUCGCGUUUCAAGUUACUCUGCUGAGGCACUGAUUGGAAAGACAUCCUCUAAUUCAGAGCAGAGAAUGGGUUUAUCGAUUCAGGGUUCCAGAGUGACAGAUCAACUUGAAAUGAGAAGCUAUCUCGAGGUCCCCAGGAACAAGAGUCUGGCCAUUCAUAAUAUGCAAGCCCGUGUGGACCACACGGUUGUUUCUGAUAUUCGUCUUUCUGAUUGUCAGACAUUUAAGCCAAGUGGAGCCAGUCAGCAGUCUCAGAGUAAUUUUGAAGUACAAUCCUCAAGAAAUAAUGAAAUAGGCAAUGCCGUACCAUCACUGAGGAGCAUGCAGUCCCAGGCUUUUCGAAUUAGUCAAAACCCUGGUCCCACACCCAUCGACCGUCAGAAGAGAUUACCUUAUCCCCCAGUUCAGAGCUUACCAACAGGAAAUGCUAUCCCACCGAGGGACAGUGAAAACACAUGUCACCAAAGUUUCAUGCAGAGUUUACUUGCGCCGCACCUUGGUGAUCAAGUCAUUGGGAGCCAGAGGUCACUCUCAGAACAUCAGAGGAAUACACAGUGUGGGCCAUCCCCUGCAAUUGAAUACAGUUGUCCUCCACCUCAUGAAAGUGUACAUAUUAGAAGAGAGAGUGAGAAUCAGAACAGGGAAAGCUGUGACAUGAAUUUAGGUGCGAUUAACACCAGGACCAGCUCCUUGAAUAUUCCUUUUUCGAGUUCUUCUUCCUCAGGAGAUAUUCAAGGUCGAAACACAAGCCCCAAUGUUUCCAUACAGAAAUCCAAUCCCAUGCGGAUUACCGACAGUCAUGGUACCAAGGGCCAUAUGAACCCUCCAGCCACAACCAACAUGCAUGGGGUUGCCAGACCAGCUUUGCCACAUCCAUCUGUGUCACAUGGAAAUGCUGAUCCAGGGCCUCCUGUACGUCAGACAAGUUCUUCGGUUCCCCAGCGAUCGAGGCAUCCCUUGCAAGACAGCAGUGGUUCCAAAAUCCGUCAGCCUGAAAGGAAUCGUUCUGGAAACCAAAGACAUAGUAAUGUCUUUGAUCCAAGUCUUCCCCACCUCCCUCUGUCUACAAGUGGUAGUAUGAUUCUUGGACGCCAACAAGCCCCCACAGAGAAGAGAGGAAGUAUUGUCCGUUUCAUGCCAGAUAGCCCACAAGUACCUAAUGAUAAUUCAGCGCCCGAGCAGCAUACACUGUCACAAAAUUUUGGCUUUCCUUUUAUUCCUGAGGGUGGCAUGAAUCCACCAAUAAAUGCUAAUACUUCUUUCAUUCCACAGGUUACUCAGCCUAGUGCCACCCGAACUCCAGCCCUCAUCCCUGUAGAUCCCCAAAAUUCUCUACCCUCUUUCUAUCCCCCAUAUUCUCCUGCUCAUCCUACAUUGUCCAACGAUAUUUCAAUUCCCUAUUUUUCCAAUCAAAUGUUCUCAAAUCCUAGUACAGAGAAGGUGAACAGUGGAAGUUUAAAUAACCGAUUUGGAUCAAUUUUAUCACCUCCCAGACCUGUUGGUUUUGCACAACCAAGUUUUCCUCUUCUCCCUGAUAUGCCACCAAUGCACAUGACUAACUCUCACUUAUCUAAUUUUAAUAUGACAUCUUUGUUUCCAGAAAUAGCUACAGCUCUUCCUGAUGGCUCAGCAAUGUCACCUUUGCUUACAAUAGCAAACUCCUCUGCUUCUGACUCUUCCAAGCAGUCCUCAAACAGACCUGCCCACAACAUAAGCCAUAUUUUAGGUCAUGAUUGCAGUUCAGCUGUCUAAAUACCAAUAGACUAAACAUAAAUGUAAUGGGUGAGAUAAAAAUGCAUUUUUGUGUGUGCAUGCAUGCAUACGUGUACAUGAAGAGAGAA